GUUCACAAUGCUUAAACUUAAAGUGCGACAUAAAUGAUACAAGCAGCUAUGCUCCUCGCAAGUGAUUGGAAGUAAGUAAAGGGGGGUUGGGCAUACAUAGAGGGUUUCAUUUCAGGCAACGAAAGAGGUCACACAAAGCCUUGUUGAAGCAUAGAGACAGUAUAUCUUUGCAUUCUUCCAUGUAGUUGAUCCUUUCGCUCCUCUGAAAAGAGUCUAUAGAACGACAAUGUCUAACUCACUGUCAUGGCUGUUUACGCCGAAUAUCCCCUUCCUGAAGAGGGCUUCAUCCGAACAGUUACCAUCCAUCCUGGCGACUGGCGUAGCGAACUCGAAAUUAGCUUGAAUAUUGCCGAGUUUCUUGAUGUCGACCCUCCCGCAUAUGAGGCCCUCUCUUAUGUAUGGGGAUCAGAAUACGACCCGGAUACUGUUCGUAUCAUCACGAACACGAGCAAGACCUUCAUCCUCCCUGUAACGCAGAACUUAGCUACUGCCCUGCGUUUACUACGCCGACCUGACGGCCCCAGGGUUAUAUGGACCGAUGCAAUAUGCAUUAAUCAGGCAAACAAUAUUGAGAAGGGCCAACAAGUCAUGAGAAUGGGAGACAUUUUUCGAACAGCGAGCCGGGUUGUGGGCUUUCUAGGCGAGGAAAGCGAUGACAGUGCCCGUGCAAUGAAUAUCAUGUCUUAUAUUGGCUCCCAAGUCGACGUCAAUUGGGAGCCUGUGAAUAUGUGGCCGUCAAAGCAUUGCGCAGACCCUACGGUUGCUGACAGGCACUGUAAACUUCCAGUGGGAGCAAGAGACAUGUGUGCAAUAUACCACAUCAUCCACCGCGGCUGGUUUGAACGACUUUGGAUCCGACAAGAGAUAUUACUUGCCAAUGAUUCCGCCAUUCUGCAAUGCGGCAAAGUAGAGACGAGCUGGAGAGAAUUCCGGAGCGCACUACUAUGCCUGUUUGUCAAACCGGCUAUAGGGUUUGAGCAUUCCUACUCAUUCCGAAGGCGUUUAGAAUUCAUUUCCGGACUGAUAUUUCCGAGAAGAAACAUAUCGCUAAUAGCACUGCGUGUUCACUUUGACGGAGCAAUAUGCCGCGACCCCAGGGACAAGAUUUUCGCUAUCAGAUCGUUGUUAGCGCCAAGCGAAAGGGCUUGUUGCCUAGUCCCGGAUUAUAGUAAACCGUGGGAGGAAGUGUAUAAAGACGUCGCGUUAAGAUGGUUACGGAAGUUUAGGUUUUUGGCGUUACUCCGCGAGUGUCACUUCGAUCCAGAUGCUUCACAUCCAAGCUGGGUUCCUAACUGGUCCAAGUUAGCACCAGCUCGCCCACUAUGCCAACAGCCGUUCCUAGCAUCCUCUAGAUUGGCUACACCCAUAGAAUCUCCCGUGGAUGGGAUACUUCGCGUGUCAGGCGUUACGUGUGCGGAAGUCCAGGAAAUUUAUCACGUCCCAGAUCUUUCCAACGCCACCAUGGAAGAGUUGUUUAAUAUCCAUCGUCAGACUUUAUUCGGCCACGGUGUUGGCCAGAUAGAUGGCAAUCUGUUGUCUGAUGAUCUCCUGGAAGCAUACGCGAAGACCCUGGUUUGGGGGUGCAUUGACAACGAAAUGAGCGACAUCCCAUUUAUCAGACUUCCAAGCUUAGGGGAGGCCAAGAAAGUCAUUGCCGAAUUGUACUCUGAAUCACGCUAUGCUCCUGAACUUUUCCAACCAGGGAGUCCUGGCUAUGAGUUCCUCCAAAGAUCCCGAGUCGUAGGGGGCAAGAAAUUUGCCCGAUGCAGUAACGGAUAUUUUGGAAUGGCUCCCCCACAUACCCAAGUCGGUGAUCAUUUUUGCGUCCUAAUCGGCUUCAAUGGAAUCGCGGCUCUUCGACCCAUGCCAAAUGAUCAGUUUGUUCUUCUAGGCGAAGCAUACAUUGACCAACUGCGCAUCGGGGAAGGCUUAUUAGGACCCCUUCCUGAAAAUGUUCAAAUUUUCCUUACGACUCAUGCCAAUAAGGCUAUCUUCGGCUUUCGGGAUAAAGAAUCGGCAGAUAUUACCUUUGAGGACCCCAGAUUGAGGAAUCUUCGAAUAGAUCUCUCCGAUUAUAGGGAGCAAUUGAAGGAGGACGGCAGUGCUAUUCUAUUUGUGGAUCCGCAAGUUUUCGCCAGUAUUGGUGUGAAUGUUCAGUCGUUUGAUAUGAUAUGAGUGAAGUCAAUACUAGUAUGGAAUGGAAUAAGACUAACAAGGAGAUUGCGGUAUUCGUGGCAGACGAAUGGCAGAAGUAG